AUGGAUACCUGGGAGAGCUGGAAUGGCAUCCUUCAAAGAUCUGUGGAUGGCAAUCGUUGCUACUGUGAUGGCUGUCUUGAUUGUCACUGGCAGGAUCUUACUGGGGAGAAGGUGUGUGACAGACAUAAGGACUGUGCCCUGGGGCAGGAUGAGGAGCAUUGCGUUGAGAGCAUCCCCAGUGAAGAUGUGCCUGUGGUCGGAGUCUGUCUCUCCAAGGACAGAUCCACUCUACAGAUGGAUCUCUGGUCCUCAGCCUGUUUUGACAACUUCACAGAAGCAUGGGCUAAAAUCGCCUGUACCCAGAUGGGGUAUAACAGUUUGAGCAUGGAGCCUAGUUUCCAAGCCGUGAAGAUUGGCCCAGAGCAGCAGCUUCCUGUCAGCAAGAUCACAGCCAAAGACCAGGAGCUCCAAGUGCAGAAUUUCUCAGGGCCCUGCCUCUCAAUGUCCUUGGUUUCCCUUCACUGUGCUGUGUACGGAGAGAACCUGCUGGGCCCCCAGGGGAUGGGUGGGCAGGAAACAUUUGUGAAGAUUUUGGCCCUGGCAGGUCAGCAUUCAGCACCACAAAAUUCACUUCUGUGGUGGCUGCAUACUGGACCGCUACUGGAUCCUCACCGCUUCCCACUGCUUCAGGACCUAUUCCGAGGUGGCCCACUGGAAAAUAGGCGGGCACUGACCAUCUAUACUCUACACACCCAUACUUAGACGUGGAUAAGAUCUUUGUCUUCCAGUUCAACAAUUUAUACCCCAGAGAGAAUGACUUGGCCCUGAUCAAGCUGAAAAAGCCCCUUGUCAUGUCAGAUGAGAGCCAGUGCCCGAGACACAGGAUAUCAGAAAUGAAGCUUCUGCUGUUGUGAAGAUUCCUUCCGGGAACAGUUUUGCCCAUUCUCAUCCCUAAUCUCCUUCUCAUCACAACUAGGAGUUUCCACCCUGAGCAGGAUCUCAUUUCUCAAAGAAGAGUGCUUCCUUCAGACAUUUCAAGGCUUCCUUAAAGCAGCUGAGGGUCCUGGGUUCAAAUGCCAUGCCCUAAAGAAGGAAUUUAAUGGCCACCAUCUCAACCACUAACUCCUGGCCCCUCUCCCAAAGGAGAGCAACCCCCCUGAGCAGAGAAGUGUUCUGGGCCUCCGAUUUCCAGAGUGCUCCCUCAGUGUGGGGAGUGUUGAACAGUUGUUCCCUCUUGUGGGCUUCGAUCUCCCCUGAUAGGGUACGUGGAGAGAAAAGGGGACCUCCCUAAUGACCUGGUCACCAAGGCAGAGAGACCAGUUAUGAUAUCCCCGGACAGAUGAGGACAAGGGCGUUCCCUUACUGCUGUGGAGUUUGUGAAUAUUGCUGACAUCUUCAUUGCUUUCACAAGAAAAUACAAGGCCUUUGGGAUGCAUGGCUGUCAUCGUGAUACUACGUACUCACAGAUCCGUACGGUAACUCCAAACAACACCCCCACAAACCUAAAGCCUAUGAGACAAAGGCCACCAAUUUAGUUCAAUUACCUUCCUUUGCCGAGGAAGAUACUGAGCCCUAAGAGAUCCUGUCCGUGACAAGUGAAUUUAAGUUCUGGAAAUUCAAGUACAACUUGGCAAAGUAGGCUCCCUUUGAACAAAGAAGCUUCACCAGUUAUCCUACACCUUCCCUUCCAUGGAAUUUCAGCGUUGCAGGAGAUGCAUAAGUGGUGGCUCUACAUAUACUUCCUGCUCCAUAGCCAAGGCCAUGGGAGAAGAUCUUUAAGCAACAUAGCUAAUGUUUCCAACACCCUAGAAGUGAAGAGAAUUCCAAGGACGCAUGUGUAGUGAUAGGGGAGACAAGGAUGAAGAAAAGGAACCCACCCUCUGAACAAUCUCUCUGAUAAUAAUACUCUGCCUCCUGGAGCACUCCUGAGUCAAAACUCCUGGUCAAGCUUCACAACACCUCAGUGAGGUAGGUAAGUAUUAUUAUGCCCAUUUUGCAGAUAGGGAAAACUGAGGCCCAGAGAAGGUAAGUGACUUGCCCAGGGUCACUCAGCAAGUAAGUGGUAGAGCUGGGAAUGGAAAGAUCUCACUUGUCUUUUCCCUUCCUCUCAAACUACCCUAAGAACUAGACCCCAAGAUCUUUUUUACCCAACUUGUGCUUAAUGUGCAGGCUAGAAAGGAAAAAGAAAGUAGUUUUCCAUGAAGGCAGCUACAAGAGGUAUUUGCUGGAUGGUUAGAAGCCCUGAUCUGUCUACUCCCAAAGGGCUUCUCACCCAUGGAAGUCUGAACACAUAUAUAAAAUCUGGCCUAAUAAAAGCAGGACAGAAUGGGAGCAAUUGUAGGAGGAGAAAGGGGAGAACGGGAAGCCCAAAAGGGGUGCACAGCACCAAGCAUGAGGCAGAAAGCUCUGGGAAACAGGCAGCCAGGAUUAUAGUGAGUGGAGCCGGGACAUAGGCCCCUGUCCAAAGCGGGCCUAAGGGGAGCCUGCCAGGUGCCACUUCCCAGUUCUAUGAUUUUAUUUCCUUUAUCUUCUGUGGAAUGGGAAAUUCUGUCCCAGGGAAUCCCCAGAGGCAGCUACCAUAGGUACUUGGUUGGUGAAAAGGAAAUAAGAGAAACUCUGGCUAUUCCUGGGCAAACCACAGAAGUUGAGCCUGAAAAAUCUAAAUGAGGCAACCAUGUGCAGUCUCAC